ACUGUCAUUUCAUUGUUGUUUUAUAUCUGUUGUUUGUGCUGUGUUUGGUAUGCUGCUGUGCAUGGAAGUUCCGUGCGUGCACGCCAGCUGUAAUUAAUUUUGUCAAGUACAAAUUCCAACUGCACACAUAAAAUCAUGAAUAAUAUUCCCAUGAUUCAUUGCCGUCCUUUUGUAAAGGUCGAAGGUCGUGGGUACGUUGAGACAUGGCCAUUUCUUUGUCAUCGCUGUGUCGGCCAUUUCAUUCACUGCGGUGAUCCUGUUGAGAUCGGACAAGUGUCGAAAUUGCAGCCAUUUUGUGGGAGGAAAACCACCCGGUGAGAAAACGGUGUGUCACAUCAAGUGAUCGGAGUCAAAUUGACCCCGUCUUUGUUCCCCAGUGGUCAGUCAGUGUGGCCUUUAUCUGGCCACAAAUUUUGCGUGUUCGACCAGGCUUUAGCGUUAGACUAUCGCUGGGUUGGGCACUUGGUCAGUGCAGGAUCUACUGGGAGCAAAUUGUGUUGUCUUUAUUUGGUGGCCAGCUUGCAAAUCACUGCCAGUGCCACUUGUAUUUGUAAGUUGUAUCAGUGCCACCGUAGGUUAACAAUCACAAUGGGGCUGAGUUGCUGUGUUCCUGGUUGCAACCACAAAAAUGGCAGAGAGCUCUGUAGUUUGUACAACUUCCCAAAUGAGAAUGAUGGACCGGACUGGAAACAGUGGUAUGAUUUGUGGUGUGAGCGCAUUGGCAAAUCACAGAAGGAUGGAAGUGGACAUGGCUGGUUGCCUACAACUUGGAGUCGUGUGUGUAGCUGUCACUUUAAGGAGGAGGAGCGCUGGAAACCGAGAACACGUCAGCCAGGGCUAAAAUUCCGGGCACCUGUGUACUUCCCAUUUAUGAGUGGUGCUUCAGAGAGUCACACAAAAUCUGAGCCAAUGAAUAAAACUCCACUUCUAGCCGGCCUGAGGGUUGACACUGGGAUGAAGAGCAGCCUACUGGCUGGACUCAAUGUGAAAAUAGUUCCGUCUGACAAGUCAUCUGAAACAUUGACUAAGGAUUCCAAAGCAGAGAGCACAGCACUAAGCACUUCAGUAGGUAAUGGUCAAGUGACUGAUGUGGACAUGAUGAGGGAUGCAAGAAAGGAUGGCACCAAAAGGGAGAGUCGUGACUCUGGCGAAACAAGUGCGAAAAAGAGCAAGAUGGAAGACGGUGACGAUGACGUUGAGAUGAUUGAAGAUGAGGAUGAGGACAGCAAAUACAAGAGGAGCUCUGCCCAGAGCACAGCCAAGACCAAAAAUGAGGAGAAUGAUGUCCAGAUGAUUGAGGAGGACCGAAACUCAGUUAAACAAAAAACCCCAAAUAAGGAGAGAGGAAGUAGGCCGUCCGGCGAACGGCUCCUCAAAGCUUUGACACAACCCAACUCACCAGCCCUGCAGAUCAUCCACUCGUCCUCUGCCAGCAACAGUCCAGUGCCCAUGAACAUGAGCAGUGGCCAGUCCUCUGGCAGUAACGCCAGUGCCUACAGCUCUCUUGUCCAGAUGAAUGCCAAAUCCCAGAUACCAGGUAACACGGUGCUGCCAAUGUCCAACCGCACAGUCGCACCCCAAAGCAAGUACGCUGAACUCCUGGCAGUCAUCGAAGACAUGGGUCGGGAUAUCAGGCCCACAUACUCUGGCAGUAGAACAGCCACUGAACGACUGAAGAGGGGUAUUGUUCACGCCAGAGCCCUGGUUAGGGAGUGUUUAGCUGAAACGGAGCGCAGUGCCCGGUCAUGAUAGCAGCCCACAUUGUCUCCCCUGAACUGUAAUAUAAUGUUGAGUUUUUAAUGCCUAACUGAACCCAGAUCUGUCGGCCCAUUCAACGUUCACAAAAAGAGUGGGACAUAAUCAUCACUGAACCAUGGCCCUUCGAAACCUGCUGGGUCGCCUGGGAUGGUUAAAUACAUGUACAUCUGAAGGGUAUACAGUAAGGCUUAGUAUACGGUUAUAAGUGCUGCAACAGGUCGCUUUGAUGACUGAUGGAGUUUAACCACUUCGCGCCGCUGGCAGUUAUCACUGUGGAUGAUGCUGUGAUGGGAGAAUUUUUUUUUUUUUCAAAAUUCUUUAAAAAUUCAUAUCUUCAUUUAGUGGACACUUACACCCACAUGAAGGACU